AUGAAAGGGCAUUUGGUACAACAAGCGAUUCGCGGUUUUUCAAAGACACGAUCAAUAUUUAAGAAUGUUCCCAAAUAUGAUGAUGCUGACUUGAUGGCUGGUAGAUUGAACCAUGAUAUUUACACAGCCAAGAGACUUAAAACUGAUUUCCAGUGGUCAGAACAGUCCAGUGCGCAGAAAGAAAAAGAGCAUCAGGAGCGAAUUGAAAAAGUCUUAAGAUUAACUGCGGUGCUACAAGGAGCAUUAUUUUUGGCCGGAAUUGGUGCUGCAGGUACAUUAUAUCUCAAGUGGCCCCAGGUCAAGGCAUGGUGGGUUAAAGGUGACUCUAAGCUCGACGAUACUAUAAUUGAAAAACUCAAGAGCCAAAGGCAAAAGAAAGCAGCCACUGAAAUCCCUUUCAUCCCUGCAGACCAGCAACCAAGCUCUGUUCCGGGGGUAUAUUACUGGGGCCGCGAUGAGAGCGGUAAGCCUCAAAAGUUCCCGCUCAGAGUGACCCAAUUUGAUGGCCAAUAUGUAAGAGACGUUGCUCUGACGGAUUUAAAGAAAAAUUUGGCUAUAGACAACAAGGGAGACCUUUUACAGUGGGGUGAUAAUGGCUGCGAGCCACUGUUAUGCGACCAAGAUUUGAUUAAAGUCAAAAUUUCUAACUAUGUCGCGUAUUGCUUGAAUCGAAGGGGCGAAAUUCUAAUAGUGCCACUCGAGGAAGAGAUUUUGAGAAGACAUCAUAGCGAUUUUAAGAGGUCCUUGCUCACCCCUUGGAAAAAAGCUUGUCGUUAUAAUUGGAAGUUGCCCACGGACGAGUUGUUCAACAAAGGCGAGAAAAUUGUUGACUUUGACGUUGGAAAGGAACAUCUUGUGUGCUCAACCAACUGGAAAAAAGCAUAUUCAUGCGCUACUGGCCUCCAACCUUUAGAAAACUCUAAAUCAAAGGGACAAUUUGGAGUUCCUGAACUUUCUCAAUUCGAUCCAUAUCCAGAGUGCCACGAACUACAUGAUAUUGAACUUCUGAAUUAUAGUGUUGUUGGCGACAAAGUCAUUAAGCGAAAUAUCACUAAAAUCGCUUGUGGUGAUUACCACACUUUAGCCAUUGAUGACGCUGGGGACUUGUAUUCUUUUGGACUCAACACAUACGGGCAACUUGGACAGCCGAUUUCCUAUGACACGGAGUGUGUGCCAUUUCCUAAGAGAGUAACCAGCGGUAACGCUCACUUUCCGAGAGACUCGCUCGUCAGAUACUUUGACAUUCACUGCAGCGGCAAUGCCUCGUAUGCUGGGGUCAAGCCACACAGGGUUAAACAUGUUGUUAACAACAAAUUUGUCGAUUUGAGUUCGGAGAAGACAGAUGUUGUUUAUUUUUCGUUUGGCAAUGGUCUCAACGGAGAAUUGGGCAAUGGCCAUUACAAGCAUUCUCAAAAUGAACCUACUAAAAUUAAGUUUGAAAUGCAAGCUUCAAAUCCUUUGGUAAAAGAAUGGUCUUGUGGUUCCAAUCACAAUAUGUGCAAACUAGAAAAUGACGAGGUUGUCACUUGGGGUCUAAACGAUUUUGGUCAGUUAGGAAACGGUAAAAAAAUAAAAUCUUGCAAGCCCAUGUCGAUCCCAAAAAUCCUUGAGCCAGGUUCAACCUACGAAGAGAAUGUUGCAAUUCUCUCAAGCCCAAAAAAAAGACUUCUAUUGGGCCCAAAUCAACAUAUAAAGGCUGGGAACAACUCAAGUUGCAUUUUCUGGUCAAAAAAUUAA